GAAAAGGUAACCCGUUGGGUUCUCCAUUAAUUUGAAACUUUUGUUGAUUAUAUAUAUAAGCUUAUUGAGAUUUCCGCCAAACAAAGGCAAGAACAUGUCUCUUCUUUCUUCUUGCAAUCCCAAACCACAUGUGGUUCUCUUUCCUUUUAUGUCCAAAGGCCACACUAUCCCCAUUCUCCAUCUAUCUCGCCUACUCCUCGACCACGGCUGCCAGGUAACUCUCUUCACUACCCCAGUAAAUCGUCCGUACAUCGUUCAUUCUCUCCCAGGCGAUGAUAUUACCAUCAUCGACCUUCCAUUUCCCGCAGACAUACCUGAAAUACCAACCGGAAUUGAGAGCACCGACAAACUCCCGUCCAUGUCUCUAUUCUUACCUUUUGCCAGAGCCACAAAACUCAUGCAACCAUACUUUGAAAAGACUCUGCAAACACUUCCUUAUGUCACCUGUAUCGUAUCGGAUCAGUUCCUCCAUUGGACGGUGGAAUCUGCCACGAAAUUAGGCAUUCCACGGCUGGGAUUCUUUGGUACGAGCAACUACGCCAGUGCACUCAGCCGAGAUGCGGCUGUCAAUGGGCUACUCUCCUUGCACGAGUCCGCUGACGAACCCUUUAAUCUCACAAGCUUUCCAUGGAUCAAGCUCACCAGGAAUGACUUUGACGACCCGUUUAAUAAACGGGAGCCUUCAGGUCCUCUAUUCGACUUCGUUAUUGAGUCGGUUAUAGCCAUGUCCAAUAGUUACGGCCUUCUGGUUAACAGUUUCUACGAGCUCGAGCCACUGUAUGUAGAUUAUUGCAACCGCGAGUCUAAACCCAAAGCAUUCUGUGUUGGACCCUUUUGCUUGACCCGACUACCAAUUAUAGAGCCUGUAUUGCACCAGGAACGUAGAUGGAUUCAAUGGCUGGACCAAAAACUUGCACAGGGAAAUCCAGUUCUCUACGUUGCAUUCGGGUCCCAAGCAGAAAUAUCGUCAACGCAGUUAACCGAAAUUGCUCGUGGCCUUGAAGAAUCGAAUGUAAGCUUCUUGUGGGUGGUGAGAAAGAGUGGAAUAGAAUUAGGCUAUGAAUUUGAAGACAGGAUAAAGGAAAGAGGAAUGGUAGUAAGAGAAUGGGUUGAUCAGAAACAUAUUCUUGAACACGAAAUCGUUCAGGGAUUUCUGAGCCACUGCGGCUGGAACUCGGUUGGUUAUUUGCAGAAUAAGAUAGCCUUCCAGCUUAGUAGUGGUGGAAAAGCAGAGGAAGCACUUGAGUUUUUGGAUAACAUGGAAGCAUCUGGGACUGUUGAUGAUUACAAAGCAUGGGUUUCGUCAAUUAAAGGAUAUUGUGAAGCUCGUGAUUUGGAUAAAGCAUCUGAUAGAUUUCGAAAGAUGGUCGAAAAAGAAGGGGCCUCAUCUGUUGUGUUUGCUUUAGAUAUGUUGAGUAUUACAUAUUGCCGAAAGAACAGAGCAAUGGACGCAUUCAAGCUUGUUUCUGAAAUGGUUAAUUCAAAAGGGUUACGUCCUUGGCACAGUACAUAUAAAGAAUUGACGAGCAAGCUGUUAGCUCGAAAACGCUUUUUAGAGGCUUUGGAUGUUAUGACUUUGAUGAAAAAUCAAGGGUAUCCACCAUACUUGAAUCCGUUUAUUGCGUACCUCUCAAAGGUUGGCAGUGCAGAUGAUGCUGUAACAUUUUCAAAAGCCACAAGUUCGAAGAGUUUGCCAUCAAUGUCCAUAUAUCUUCGUCUUUUUGAAGCAUAUUUUAAAAAGGGGAGGCGAAGUGAAGCACAGGACUUCUUAUCAAAGUGCCCUAGAUAUAUAAGAAAUCAUGCUGAUGUUUUGAAUCUGUUUUGUUCCAUAAAAUCUGGAGAUGCAGCUGAGACUGCUGCUGUCACUGCAUAG